AUGGAUGCGAUCUUCUCUCCCGUCGUGGAGGCUGAAGGAACCGCCGACUCGACGAUCGACACUGUUUCUCGGUUGAUCGCCGGCGCUUUCUCCGGAGCUCUUACUGGAAUUUUCGCUAUGGCUGGAGCUUUCACUGGAGCAGUGACUGGUGCGGUGGCAGGAAGAGCUGCCCAGUAUGGAGUCCUCCGUGGGGCUGCACUAGGUGCUGUCGCUGGAGCUAUUCUUUCUGUUGAAGUGUUGGAGGCUUCUCGUGCCUACUGGUAUUUAGAGCUGUCAGGAUCAAGGGGUCCAUCAUCUAUGGCAGAUUUUGUGGAGCAAUUGUUUCGUGGGAGACUAGUAGAUGAACAACUUAUGUCGACAAUGAUAAAUUCACACCACUGGCAGUUAAGGAUUUCUGAUGUAAGCUAUGAAGGACGGGACGAUGUUUAUGGUGAAUUGGAACCGAGAGGCUUGUCGGGUGACUCCUUAAGGAAACUGCCAUGCUAUAUCAUGGCAAGUGAGAUGGUCAAGAGGCAGAUCAUUCACUGCACGAUUUGUCUGCAGGACAUCGUAGCAGGGGAAAUCACACGAGGCUUACCGAGAUGCGAUCAUACGUUUCACCUGGUUUGUGUUGAUAAAUGGCUCAUCAGACAUGGGUCGUGCCCAAUUUGCAGACAGGCCGUUAAAGACUGA